GUGCUCUCUCUUGCUUUUAUCUUCUUCCAACACCCUUUCAUGGCAAUGAUUCCAUAGCCUUCUCCCUUCCUCCCUCCUCUGUCUAUCUCUCUUCAAAAUUUUGAAAACCUUCUGUUUCUGCAGUACAAAAAGCUUUUCCCUUCUCUUAUCAUGCUUUCGCUUAAGCCUGCGCAAAUCACAGAAAGUUUUGUGCUUCAGAUCCCGAUAUACUCUCUAACACCAUUAACGAGAAAAAACUGUCAUCUUUUUUCUUCUCUCCCCCUCUAAAACACUAUCAUCAUUUACCACCAUAGCUGAAGCUGAUAGCUCAGUUCACUCCCAUCCCUAACCACACAAAAUCCUUUUUCUUUUCUUUUCCGUCACAUCCCUUUGCUUUGAUUUUAUUGUUUUUGUUCUCAUAUAUAGAUACACUUUAAUUAGUUAGUGGAUAUAAACAGUGUCUCUAGUGCUUCAAGGAAUGCAAGAACAGGGGCUAGGCAUGAUGAAUAGUGCUGGUGCAAUAGGAGGGUUGAGCAGUGGGGAAGUGUCGGUUUCCGGUGACCAGAACCGCCAGCUUAAGGCGGAGAUCGUCACACACCCACUUUACGAGCAGCUCCUUUCCGCACAUGUUUCGUGUCUUCGCGUUGCCACUCCGAUCGAUCAGUUGCCUCUUAUUGAUGCCCAGUUGUCGGAGUCUCACAGUCUUCUUAGGUCUUAUGCUUCUCAGCAUCAUCACUCUCUCUCCCCACAUGAAAGGCAGGAGCUUGACAACUUCCUGGCACAGUAUUUGAUAGUGCUGUGUACUUUGAAAGACCAGCUUCAGCAACAUGUCAGAGUCCAUGCCGUUGAAGCUGUCAUGGCCUGCCGUGAAAUUGAAAACAACUUACAAGCUCUUACAGGUGCAACUCUGGGUGAAGGAACUGGUGCAACUAUGUCAGAUGAUGAGGAUGACCUUCAGAUGGACUUCUCUCUGGAUCAAUCUGGGGCAGAAGGGCAUGAUUUGAUGGGAAUUGGUCCUCUGCUUCCAACAGAAUCCGAGAGGUCUUUGAUGGAGAGGGUCCGGCAAGAGCUGAAAAUUGAACUCAAACAGGGCUUUAAAUCAAGGAUUGAAGAUGUCAGGGAGGAAAUUUUACGAAAGAGAAGGGCUGGUAAGUUGCCAGGAGACACAACUACAGUGCUGAAGAGUUGGUGGCAUCAACACUCUAAGUGGCCAUACCCAACUGAAGAUGACAAGGCUAAGCUUGUGGAGGAGACAGGAUUGCAACUGAAGCAAAUCAACAACUGGUUCAUUAACCAAAGAAAGCGCAACUGGCACAGCAACUCUCAGUCUGUGACCUCCUUGAAGUCCAAGCGCAAAAGGUAGAAGAAUUCCACAGGGAAUGGAAAGGAAGUCCUCAAUCUCAACAUUGAUAUACUUGUUAUGUGAUCUCUGGAGUAAAUAUGGUUCUAGCUAACAUUUUGUCGAGCCACUGAAGUAAUCCUGAAAGUUUUAUAAUUGCUAAAAUAGGACACAGGUUGUAAUAGAUUGAUUUCCUAUGGGAUUAAUUACAUGUGAAAGUUUGUAGAUUAAUUCAAGUUUAUAACAGAAACAUCUUUUUCUGU